AUGAUAUUUUGCAAUUGCUGUGCUGGUGAUGAGUUAAAAAGCACAAAGGAUCAGUAUGUUUUACCAAGUGAUUAUAUUUAUAGUCCUUUAAAGAUAUACGGCUACCCAUAUUUAAAUAAACAAGAUUCAUACAUUUACUUCCCAACUGAUGGUCAUUAUGAAGUUAUAAAUUACCAUAAAAGUCCGGAACCAUUUAAAAAAUUAGAGAAACAUGAAUUAAGUGUACCAAAAUAUAACAGUAAAAUAGUAUCGCCAAGUUAUUAUGAAGUAAGUCCACCGACACCAUUCAAAAAAACUGAACCACAAAAGUUAAUUUUACCAGAAAGUAUAAAAUCAGAAAGGAUCAAAAUAAGUCCUUUAGAUGAAGAAUCGAUUUUAAAAAAAUAUGAUACAAAAGAACCAAGACAUCCAAAGGCAAGCAAUAUAAUAAUAAAAUCAAGCAAUGGUGAAGUGAGCACAUUAACUGAAGGAGGUAAAAAGUUUGAGAAUUCUUAUCAUAAAAAGCAUGGCUUUAAGACAAGUGAAGGAUAUAAUAAUGACCAAAAAUACAGUAAAGGGAAAAAAGAUUCUUAUGAGAAGAAGCAUGACUUAGGCGAUGAAAAUUCUGAGAAGAAAAAUAAACAGUCAAACUUUGAAGAUCACGAACAAUCAGAAGAUGACAAUAAUCAAGGUCACAAAGAAAAUGGCGAGAAUUACAAUUUAAAGAAGCAUCACAAGAAAGGAUCAAAAGCAAAGGGAUAUCACAAUGUAUUUAUGAAGGAUGAAUAUAAAAAAGAUCACAUAUUUUACGAUAAUGCCGAUGAAAGGGGACACUUCUCUAAGCAUGGAUCGGAUCACACAAAGUACCAUAAUGAUGAUUAUGAGCUGAAAAAGGGUUCACACAUUAAUGCUGACAAAGAGUCAGCUUCUAGCAAAAAGCAGUCAUCAACUGACAAGAAGAAGUAUGAUGUUGCCGAUGAAAAUUAUAAGAAGGAAUACAAUCAUAGUUCUAAUGAUGGUAAUAGUCAGGAAUUUAAAUUGGAGAGCGGAAAAUCCGGUUAUAAUGUUGCCAUAACACAUUCGGUGUAAAAUAUUUCACAUCUGAACCUAGUUUCUAUAAUUCAAACUAUUUUUAUUAAGGUAUGGAUACUGAAAAUAUUCAUGAAGUUCAUAAAAUUGUGAAUUUCUACAUCCAUUUAAAUUUUUCAAAUGCAGCUGUACCUUAUCCAUAUAUGCAGGAUGUCAUAUAGUUAUUUUAUCCAAUAAUUUAUCAAUUUAAAUUUAAACAUUAUCCAUA